AUGGAUGAUGGAUGGUACGUUGCAGAAUCCGAUUCGGAAGAUGUCCAGCGUGAAAAGGAAGAGGACGAGGAGAUUGAUGAAGAGGAUGACCCCCGCUGCCCCUCGGUGCCGUUCACUGCUACACAGAAAAUUAAAUGGCGACGCGAGUGGAGAUCAGCUCUGAUUGUUCAAGGACUUGGCAAAAAAGUUGCAUUCCUCCCAUUAGCGAGAAGACUGAAUUAUUUGUGGGCUCGUCAUGGAGAUAUCCAAAUCUCGGACAUGAAGAACGGAUGCUUCCUGGUUCGGUUCCGUAGCAAGAAAGAUUAUGAGUUCACCUCCGAGGGAGGACCUUGGCUACUGGGUGAGACUUAUCUCACUGUGCAUCGUUGGUACAAAGGUUUUAAUCCAUGGAAAGCGACAAUGAAGUCAGCCACCGUCUGGGUCCAACUUCCAGAUCUACCUAUUGAGUUCUUUAAUGCGGAAGCUGUCACUAUGAUUGCACAGCUUAUCGGGAAACCAGUCCGUGUGGACCGUGCCACAGAGCUUGGUGACCGGGGAAACUAUGCUAGAGUUAGUGUCGAAGUUGACUUAACAAGGCCUCUCCUGUCACAAUACAAAGUUGAGGGUGUAACGUAUAUCAUCUAG